AUGAAACUUCAUCAAAUUGCAUUGUGUUUGUUGUGGAUCAAAGCCUCUAGAGGCGCAGAGUGUCCAACCGAUGAGAUUAGCUUUCUAAGGGAAUUUGAAGACCCAUUGUAUGAAGAAGGACAAAGUGUAUCGCUGUUCUGUCACUUUUUUGUGUCUGCCGAUUGUGGACCAAUCAAAUGGGACUUUACAUCAGGACGAGAAAUAUCUAUCAUCGUUCCAUCAUCGAGAUUUCAAAUACAUGACGUCACCAACGAAACAGGACUAUAUUCAACGCUUACGAUAAAUCCAAUAACCGUGCGAGAUGAGAAUUCUAUCGCUUGCCGCGUUCGAGGAAUGACAAUACUUUAUUCCAUCCAUAUUAUACCACUUCCAAAGGUAGUGAUCUCCCCUUUAUUUAAGGCUGUAGAAAAAGGAAGUGACGCCAUCAUUGUUUGUAACAUCACAAAUGAACAUCUUCGGCUCUUCAAUGAUACAUUCAAGUGGUGUCAUGGCUCCGAUGAAAUUCAAAAUACGAGUCAUAUUGAUGUUAAGGGUGUAUCUACCCUUAACUUAACUAGGGUGACUUUAAGGGACAGUGGACGAUACGGAUGUGGUGCACGAGGCUAUGAUGACGCAUGUGCAAACAUGAAACACGUCAGCAGGUUAGAGGUAUAUAGAACAAAAGGUACAACCUUUUGUAUAGAAGAAUUUGAUAACAGAACGGGACUUACUUGGGUUAAAACACCUGCAGGAACUUUAGUAAUGCAGCCGUGCAGGUCCAACUUCACAGGUAUUACAGAACGUCUGUGCGAAGACAAUGGUGUUUGGGGAAUCGUCAUCGAAAUAGACUGUGUUAGACAGGAGAUUCAGUCAGCGCUAGAAGAUAUCCUUCACCUGGAGAGUACACCUGGGAAUACAGAAUCAGUCAUAAAUACUGUUAUAUCAAGUAUAUCGGCUGUUACAGCAAAUUCAGAAAGUUUGACCUCAGGUGACCUCAACUCCACAACAACAAUCUUAGAAAGAGUCGUCAGUAUCAUGAGCAAUACUGCUGACAACGUUAUCGUAAACGAACAGGUCUUUGUUGGUAUCAUCAAUGACAUGCUUGCACCAGAUUACCAGGUUACUUGGAGCGAAGUCAACGAUAAGAGUUCUGACGCAGUUGCCGGUAACCUAAUGAAAAUAAUUGAAAAUUUUGGAUGCAUUGUUACACGAAAUCUUCCAACAGGCAAUCUGAUUAUUCUGAACAGAAGUAAUAUCAAUGUGGAAUUCAGAAAAAUCGAUGCAACAGUCCGUAUGAUUAAUUUUUAUCCCGAGCAGACAUUAACUGGCUCGGAUGUUGGUAUUUCUCUGAACCUGGACUCCGAAUCUGCAAGUGAUAUUACGUACACAGCCGCAUUUUACAGAACGAUUUCAGGAUUCCUUCCUCGGAGUAGCAGUAACCGUGGUGUACCGGAGUAUUCAUCCGAAGUUAUCUCCCUUUCAAUUGGAUCUGGAAUGACUACCAACCAUCUGUCUACGCCUGUUGUUUUGAACUUUGACACAGAAAAGUUGAUACGAAAGAAUAACCUGACUGGUGAGCUGAAUACAAAAUGCGUAUUUUGGGAUUUUGGAGCAAAAAAGUCUCCAGGCUGGUCAAGUAAAGGCUGUCGACGAGUAAACGAUUCAUGUCAUUGUGAGCAUCUGACCAAUUUCGCCGUACUGAUGAGUCCCAUACAAAUUCUGGAUGAACUGACAUUGAUAAACCUUAAGAUGAUCACUAUAGUUGGCUGCAGUAUAUCGGUGGCGGGGACGGUGCUUACCAUGUUAACCUACCUAGUAUUAUGGAGGCAUGUGAAGAAUGACCAAACUCGUCUGCUGAUGAACCUCUGUGUAGCGUUGACAGUGUCCUAUGUAUUGUUUCUUACAGGGAUAGACAAAACUGAAAAUGAUGCUGUGUGUACCACGAUAGCAGUAAUGCUGCACUACUUCUUCCUUGCGACGUUUUGUCUUAUGUUGGCAGAAGGCGGUGUUCUUCUGAUGUCUGUGACGAUAGUAUUUUACUCCAAGUCAAAACUCAAAUGGCUCCUUGCAUUCGGCUGGGGUACCCCAGCUUUAGUGGUUGGAAUCACAGCAGGGAUAACAAGAGCCCAGAAAUACCAUUCUCAGUACCAUUGUUGGUUGAAUAUUUCAAAUGGUGUUCUUUAUUCAUUUGUGGGUCCAGUGAUUGCAAUAAUACUGAUGAAUAUUGCUGUUAUUGUUCGUGUGCAAAGGGCUAUCUAUUCGUCACAUUUUAUUGUUACGAAAACACGCAGACAAAAAAUCAUGACUGGCGUGCGGAGCAUAUCAAUAUUACUUCCGGUUUUGGGGGUCACAUGGCUGUUUGGAAUACUUGCAGUGAAUGCCGAUUUUGUUGUGUUCCAGUACAUCUUCGCAAUAGCUAACUCCUUACAGGGCUUCUUUAUAUUCUUGUGUUAUUGUGUAUUUAGCGUACCGAUUCGCCGAGCGUUGGAAAACAAAAUAAAAAUGUUAACAUCAGGUGUUCUUUCUUCAAAGGAGGAUUACAAAUUAAAGGUUAUCAAAACGAAGCCCAGCAACGUCACUACAGACAAAUAUGCACUGACCAAUGGAGUUCCUACACCAUUUAAAAAAGCAACCAGCUAUCAGCAAGCAAGCGUGCUCAGACGUUUCGAUUCCUUUACAGCAUUUCCUAAUAAGGCUUCCAGGUGA